AAAAUGUUCCACUCACCCGUGCAGCUGCCGUCUCGGAGGACCGACCUCAUCGCCAAUCGAGGACCUGCAAUUGUUUCCGAACAACCCACCACUCGCCCCCGAAAAGGGUUGAUACGAUCCCUCUAUACCAAAUACCCUCAUAAUGCUGAGGAACAUCCUCUCACAAUCAUCGAGACUGCGAGCACGGUCCGGCCAGGCCGUCGCUCGCCAAGGCCUCAACACAUACUCCCUCGCCUCCCGCCGCUCGGCCGCUCCCUCCAUCAUCUCCUCUCGCUCCUACGCUUCCGGCAGCGAUGCUUUCCUCCAGGGUAACUCCGCCAACUAUGUCGAUGAGAUGUACAUGGCAUGGCGCAAGGACCCUUCUUCCGUCCACAUUUCGUGGCAAGUGUACUUCAAGAACAUGGAGACCGAGGGCGUUGAUCCCGCACAGGCAUUCCAGGCACCACCUACUAUCGUGCCAGGAAACGUGCCUACACCUGCUGGUGGUGUUCCCAGCAUCGUCCCCGGCGCCGGUAUUACCGGUGCCAGCUCCGAGGUUACUGACCACUUGAAGGUGCAGCUCCUCGUCCGUGCUUACCAGGUUCGCGGUCACCACAAGGCAAAGAUCGACCCCCUCGGUAUCAAGGACACCGCUGACCUCGCUGCCGGCACCCCCGUCGAGUUGAAGUUGGAGCACUAUGGAUGGACCGAGAAGGACCUCGAGAAGGAGUUCACCCUUGGCCCGGGUAUCUUGCCUCGUUUCGCGCGUGACGGCGGAAAGGAGAAGAUGAAGUUGAAGGAGAUUAUCGCCGCUUGCGAGAAGAUCUACUCUGGUGCCUACGGUAUCGAAUACGUCCACAUCCCCGACCGUACCCGCUGCGACUGGAUCCGCGAGCGCGUCGAGGUCCCCAAACCCUACCAGUUUUCCAAGGAUGAGAAGAGACGUAUCUUGGACCGUUUGAUCUGGUCUGACUCUUUCGAGAGGUUCUUGGCCUCCAAGUACCCUAACGACAAGCGUUUCGGUUUGGAGGGUGGUGAGACCCUUAUCCCCGGUAUGAAGGCGUUGAUCGACACUUCUGUCGACCAGGGUAUCCGUUCCAUUGUCAUCGGUAUGCCUCACCGUGGUCGCUUGAACGUCCUCUCCAACGUCGUCCGUAAGCCCAACGAGUCCAUCUUCUCUGAGUUUGCCGGUACCCAGGAGCCUUCUGACGAGGGAUCUGGUGACGUCAAGUACCACUUGGGUAUGAACUACGAGCGCCCCACUCCCUCCGGAAAGCGUGUCUCCCUCUCCUUGGUCGCUAACCCCUCCCACUUGGAGGCGGAGGACCCCGUCGUCUUGGGUAAGACCCGUGCCAUCCAGCACUUCUCCAACGACGAGAAGGACCACCACAAGUCUAUGGGUGUCUUGUUGCACGGUGAUGCUGCUUUCUCUGGACAGGGUGUCGUCUACGAGACCAUGGGUAUGGCUAACUUGCCCGGAUACUCUACCGGUGGUACCAUCCAUAUUGUCGUGAACAACCAGAUUGGUUUCACUACUGACCCCCGUUUCUCGCGUUCCACCCCCUACUGUUCCGACAUCGCCAAGGCUAUCGACGCCCCCGUCUUCCACGUUAACGGAGACGAUGUCGAGGCCGUUACCUACAUCCACAACCUCGCCGCUGAGUGGCGUCAGACCUUCAAGACCGACGUCGUCAUCGACCUCGUCUGUUACCGUAAGCACGGUCACAACGAGACUGACCAGCCUAUGUUCACUCAGCCUCGCAUGUACAACACCAUCGCCAAGAAGAAGACCGCGUUGGAGAUCUACACCGCUAAGUUGAUCGAGGAGGGUAGCUUCACCCAGCAGGAUAUCGAUGAGCACAAGCAGUGGGUCUGGAACACCCUCGAGGAGAGCUUCAAGAAGGCACCAGAAUACGAACCUACUGCCCGUGAGUGGUUGACUGCUGCAUGGAAUGGCUUUGCCUCCCCCAAGACUUUGGCUACCGAGAUCUUGCCUCACUUGCCUACUGCUGUUGACGAGAAGGUGUUGAAGGAGAUUGGUCGUGUCGUUUCUUCCGUGCCUGAGGGAUUCACCCUCCACAAGAACUUGGCCCGUAUCUUGAAGCAGCGUGGAAAGUCCGUCGAGGAUGGUAAGGGUAUCGACAUGGCUACCGGUGAGGCUUUGGCUUUCGGUUCGUUGUUGAAGGAGGGUACCCACGUCCGUGUUUCCGGACAGGAUGUCGAGCGUGGUACGUUCUCUCAGCGUCACGCCGUUCUUCACGACCAGCAGAACGAGGGUACUCACGUUCCUCUGCAGGCUUUGGACGCGGAGCAGGCUUCGUUCGUCAUCUCUAACUCUCACUUGUCCGAGUACGGUGUCCUCGGUUUCGAGUACGGUUACUCCUUGACAUCUCCCCAUGCUUUGGUCAUGUGGGAGGCUCAGUUCGGUGACUUCGCCAACACUGCUCAGGUCAUUAUCGAUCAGUUCAUCGCUUCCGCUGAAACUAAGUGGCUCCAGCGUUCUGGUUUGAUUAUGUCCCUUCCCCACGGAUACGAUGGUCAGGGUCCUGAGCACUCUUCCGGACGUAUGGAGCGUUACUUGCAGUUGUGUAACGAGGACCCCCGUGUCUACCCCUCCCCCGAAAAGUUGCAGCGUCAGCACCAGGACUGCAACAUGCAGAUCGUCUACCCUACCACUCCGGCCAACAUGUUCCACACCCUCCGUCGCCAGAUUCACCGCGAAUUCCGCAAGCCUUUGAUCUUGUUCUUUUCUAAGGCCUUGUUGAGACAUCCUCUCGCCAGGUCUGACUUGGAGGAGUUCACUGGUGAGUCGCACUUCCAGCGCGUCUUGCCUGAUCCUGGACACAAGGACGGUACCCUCAAGCCCGAAUCCGAGUGCAAGCGUGUCGUUCUCUGUUCUGGUCAGGUCUUCGCUGCCCUCCACAAGGCUCGCGAGACUGGCAAGUUGGAUGACGUCGCUAUUGUCCGUGUCGAGCAGUUGCACCCCUUCCCCUUCGCCGUCUUGAAGGACAUCCUCGAAAAAUACACCAACUUGCAGGAUCUCGUCUGGUGUCAAGAGGAGCCUCUCAACGCUGGUGCAUGGUCUUUCGUGCAGCCUCGUUUGCACACCUUGAUGCAGGAGAUGGGUAAGAAGGAUUUGGUGGCCAGGUACGCCGGUCGUGCACCAAGUGCUUCCGUUGCUACUGGAAACAAGUUGCAGCACAAGCAGGAGGAGCAGAACUUGUUGAAGGAUGCUUUGCAGCUGUAG